UGUUAGGCGUUCCCCGCUUGCUAAAGGAGAACAUGGUCGCCGAAUCCGCCUCGUAACCCCACUUAUUUUGCGGUCAGCCUUGCUGCCUUACCUACAACGUUUUACUCAAAGUCUGUAACACAAGCGGUUGUUAUGUCGCCAAUAUGUGGAUCACGGAUGCAAGUCCUUUCGCGAGACCGUUCACGAAUUAGUUGGUUCACUAACCAGCACUGCCUCUUCGUACACGCCUGCCAAGGGUAAACAUUCUCGGGGCCUUUCUGCGCUUGUGAACAUAUGUCUUUACACUGAUCUCUCUUUUAGCAGUACCGAGCCUGUUUGAGCUCUUGCUCAUUUUCACCGCAAAUAUGAAUCUGUUGUUGCGCCAGAUAUGGGCGUUGGUACGCAAGAAUUGGCUUCUUGUCUGCGUCCGACGACCAAUCUCUACUUUCUUCCGGGCUAUAGUUCUGCCACUUGUAAUUAUCCUUGUCCUGGCAUUCAGUAAGAACUUUUUCGCGUCUUCGCAACAUUGGGGCUUGUCAUCGCCACACGAUCUUCGUUCUCUAGAAUCAAUCCUAGCAUCUAAUCAAAGACCCAAUAUCGUUGGAUUUGUCGAUAAUGGCAUGAAAGGUGGAGAAGUCUCAUCGGUGAUCGACGCGCUCUCGCAGAAGGUAGAGGCUGCCGGAAAGACAUCCAAAGUUUACAAUGACAGCUGGGACCUUGCACUCGAGUGCAGGACAGACAAUAAAGGCGCUUCACCUUGCUAUGCUGCUGUGGUCUUCAUCUCAAGUCCCAGCGAGGGAACGAGCCUUUCGUCGCCAGGUACCUGGAACUACACCAUCCGUGGUUCAGGGGGUGGAUCUGUGGAUAUCAGGAGUACCAAUAACUUUCCGGAAAGCAAUAUGUUGCCUUUGCAGCGAGCUUUGGAGGCAGAAAUCGUUGCCCAGUCCAAAUCAGCGAACAAGACGCAACUUCCUGCCGACCUACAAAUAAUCAGCUUCACGGACCAGGAUCAAGACGCGCUUUCGGACAGUCGAACUGAAACGUACUUGAAUCUUGCUGUUUAUAUGUUUGGUCCUCUGUUCGCAUUCACUCUUAUGGAGAUCGUCUACCACAUGACAUCGUUUGUAUCGCGAGAGCGAGAGCUUGGCAUGUCUGGCUUGAUUGAUACCAUGAUACCUGGAGGGUCUAACACUCGGGGUAGGAUAGUGCGACAAGUGGCUACUUACAUUUCGUUCGCAGCAGUCUACUUUCCUAGCUGGCUGGCUAUAGGCAUCGUUCUUUCUGCCGUCGUCUUUCCGACCUUCUCUCGAAGUAUGCCUCUUGGAUUCACGAUUCUCUCAGGUCUUGCAUUUACCGGAUUUUCUUUGUUCGGUGCUUCUUUCUUCAAGAAAGCACAGCUAAGUGGAUCGAUCAUGAUAGUGAUCACAGUAGUGUUUGCCAUUUUGCCCGUCGUACUGUUCGAGCAAAAGUCAGUUACGUGCGGUAUACUGAGCUUCCUCUGCCCCUCGGCAAAUUUCACCUAUUUUAUCACCGGUGUCGGAACUUUCGAAGCAGCAGGCAAACCCGUCAGUAUGAUGCGCCUGGCCACCGAGGGCGACCUUAUCAAGAAUUGGCGGUUGCCACUGUACAUUCACUGGAUUUUUCUCAUCAUACAUAUUCUUGUCUUCCCAAUGCUUGCUUUCGGGGUAGAGCACCUCCUCUUCUCCACAGCUUCCCAGCAUCGACUGUUUGCACCGCCAGCUUUGGCCGGUGGCCCAACAGUGACGUUGUCGAGCUUCGGAAAGACAUACCAACCUGGGUUCUUCGCUCGACUUUUCAAACGUCGUAAGGCUGUACACGCUGUGACCAGCUUAGAUUUCACAGCCUAUCCUGGCCAGAUACUCUGUCUUCUUGGGCCCAAUGGUAGUGGCAAGUCAACAACAUUGAACUGCAUUGCUGGGUUCCAGAAGGUGUCAUCUGGAAACAUCACGAUCGACUCAACCGGUGGACUUGGUUACGCGCCUCAAAAUAACGUGAUCUGGCCUGAGUUGACUGUUCGAGAGCAUGUUCGCAUCUUCAGUGAUCUCAAAUGUCUAUCAGAAGUCAAUGUAGAAGUCGUGAACGAUCUCGUCAAGGGCGUUGACUUGCUCGGAAAACUGCCUGCCAAAGCCAAGACACUGUCGGGAGGGCAGAAGCGCAAGCUUCAACUUGCCAUGAUGUUCGCAGGUGGUAGUUCCGUUUGUUGCGUGGACGAGGUCUCGACUGGUCUCGAUCCCAUUUCGAGACGCAGGAUUUGGGAGAUUUUGUUGGCUGAACGAACCCGACGUACGAUCAUCAUGACAACUCACUUCCUAGAUGAGGCCGACUACCUUGCAGAUGAUAUCGCAAUCAUGUAUAAAGGCGCCUUACGAGCCUCCGGUACUUCCGCAUCCCUAAAGCAGGCAUAUGGGAACGGUUAUACGAUCAAGGUUCCUUCUCAAACCAAUAUCGAUUUCCAGAUCUCCGAGCCAGUCGAAACAGAGCACUCUCGACUUCAGACUAUCUAUCGAGUAUCAACCGGUGUGGCUGCGGCGCAGCUUGUCGACAAGUUAGAGCAACUUGGGCUACGCGAUUACCAACUCUCUGGACCAACCAUGGAAGAAUUAUUCAUGAAGGUCACUGGUGACUCAAUCCUUCCUACAGAAGACAAGACAGAAGAAAAAACAGAAGACACGCCCGGCGAUAGUGAUACAGCCGAGCUCAAAGCACAGCACGUAGCUAUAAGCAGUUCUGAUGUUGACUAUGAGCUGGCAGAAGGACGCCCAAUCUCUGCACUUCAACAGUGGUGGGUUUUGUUCUGCAAGAGAGGUUUCAUCUUCAAGCGCCGGUGGGUUCCAUACUUCGUCGCUGUUGCUUUCGCUCUUGUAGGAGCGGGGGUCGCACCUCUACUGAUCAAAAAAUACAAAACCCCGAUAGUGUGUCCCACGCAAGCGGAUCUAGUCAAUGACUACACGUACAGAAACGACUUUGGACGGAACUAUUACACGAGUAGCAGCUCCUACGAGGGAUAUGAAGACAGUCGCCCUAAAAUUGUUUAUGGACCUGCCAGUAGCCUCAACGAGUCGAGGCUCGCUUUGAUGGCUGACGUGUAUUCUACAAAUCACACUCGCUUCUCAUCAUACUAUCUCUACGGUUAUUCAAACAGCACACAAAUCCUCGAGCAGAUGAUAUUAGUAGACACGUAUGAGGAGUUUUCAAAUGCAGUUCGCCAGAACUGGAAAAAUCAAUCGGCAAAAUACAAUGUUGGCAUCUCUGACUACUCGCCGUGGUCGACGCUUACCGGUGGCUUCUGGAUGGGCAGUAAUGACUCGGAGCCCUCCGUCUUAGUCAAUAUUCGUCGCCCGGAUGCAGCAAAUCAGAUGAUGAACUUCUACUCGGUCAUGGCGAGUGGUAUCGGUAUCUCCUCGUCCUACUACGAGUUUGCGACAACCAAUAUCCCAGUCUUGAUCGAUUUCAACGCUUUGAUCUUCAUUGUGUACUAUGGUCUGAUCAUGGCAUGCUAUCCUGUCUUCUUCGCUCUGUAUCCAACAAACGAACGUAUCUCAAACGUCCGAUCCAUGCAGUAUUCCAACGGCAUUCGUCCAAUUCCACUCUGGCUCUCCCACCUGUCGUUUGAUGGUGUCUUUGUCCUUGUUAUCAGUGCCGUCGCUACCGCCCUUAUCGCUUUCUCAACACCAGUCUGGCACGGCAUGGGACUAGUUUUUGUUGUCUUCUUGCUAUACGGUAUAGCAUGUGCUCUCUUCAGCUACAUCAUCUCGAUGUUCGCAAAGAACGCGAUCACUGCCUGGUUCAUCAUGGCUUUGGGUCAAGUCAUCAUAUACUUCGCUUACUUUGGAGGCGUUAUCGGCAUACAGUCGACGACUCCGUACGAAGACCUGGAGAAGUCUAUGAAUGCUCUUUAUUUCGGUCUUGCUAUCGUCUCUCCUGUCGUGAGUCUGGGACGAACACUCUUUAUUGGUCUUCAGCAAUUCGGACUGAUGUGCAACGGCCAUUCUGAUGGCUCUAUCUACAUGUACGGCGGACCGAUAUUGUACUUGGCCAUCCAAGUAAUUCUCCUCUUUGCACUCCUUCUUUGGUGGGAUAGUGGUUUCAAAUUGCCAACGGUCCGCUCGCAAACGCCGGUCAACGACGCAGAAGCAACAGAGAUGUUCGAUACAGAUCUCAUCAAUGAACGCAAACGAUUGGCAUCUCCCAACACCGAUCUUCGCGUCGAGGGUGUAUCCAGGAAGUUCGGCAAGAAUCAAGCGGUCGACAAUGUAACUUUUGGCGUACAGAAAUCAGAGAUUUUCGCUCUCCUGGGACCAAACGGCGCUGGCAAAUCGACAAUCAUUUCCAUGAUCCGAGGUGACAUCAAGCCGUCCACACCAGGAUCCAAAAUCGACGUGGCUGGGCAUUCCGUCCUAUCGUCGCCUGUGGCUGCGCGCGCCAGACUUGGAGUAUGUCCACAAUUCGACUCUGCUGAUGCACUUACUGUCCGAGAGACAUUGCGCUUCUUCGCAAAGAUAAGAGGUGUGAAAGACAUCGAUCACAAUGUCUCUACCGUCAUCAGCGUUUGCGGCAUCGAACAGUGGACCAACCAACUUGCCCAGAAGCUGUCCGGUGGCACGAAACGCAAAUUGUCCCUCGCUGUAGCCCUAGUGGGGAAUCCUCAAGUCCUCAUACUCGACGAGCCAUCCUCAGCUCUAGAUGCAAACGCAAAACGUACUUUAUGGCGUUGUCUUCAGACCAUCGCCAAGCGCCGCGCUGUCCUUCUCACAACGCACUCCAUGGAAGAAGCAGACGCUCUCGCGGACCGAAUCGGCAUCGUUUCCUCACGGAUGCUUGCUCUCAGCGGCCGCGAAGAUUUAAAGAAGCGUGCAGGCGACGCGUACCACAUUCACAUCGUGUCGCGCUCCGCGCCUCGCACGACACCGCAAGAGCUCGAAAGAAUGAAAGAGUGGAUCUCGUCGACGUUUCCAGCUGCGGUAAUUAGCCGUGAGACGCAAGGUGGACAAGUCCGGUUUGAGGUUCCUGUUGAAGGGAACGAUAUCGCGAGGUUGAUCAAGACUGUUGAGGCUGAAAAGGAGAGCUUGGGUGUGGAGUACUAUAGUGUGGGUAAGGCAACGCUAGAUGAGGUGUUCGAGAAGAUUGUAGGCAGACAUAGUGAUGUGGAAGUACUCUAGCUGCAUGUGUAGACAUAAUUUGAACUUCCACCGUCGUACAUUUUUGACGCCCUUCCAAGCCGAACUUCCCCUAGAUGCUACGCUCCGCGAUGAUGCUGUUUUAUACUCCAUGGCCACUGUUGUAGGACCUUGUAGGUCUGCUUUUGAUCAAGUCAAUCAGGCAUCGAACAACCAAGAAUUACCCCUGUGACGGUCCGGAAAAAAGUACGCUACUGCAUAUGCAGCAAAAGAUGUGCAAGGCGGAAUGGCAGUGACA